AUGGCUUCCCUGAACCCGCCUGCCACCGCUCUUCUCCCGUCUCCGACUACGUCUAGUAUGGCGGCACCUUCCGUAACAUCCGUUCCUCCAGACCUCUCCGCCGCCCCGGAGCCCACGACAGCGACUGAAGCUUCAGGCGAGUUCGUCACGCACGUCAGCCCCAGCGACGCUGACUCGGAGGCGGCGCGGCUCCUCGCGGGACGCGCCCUCGAGCUCGACACUGCGCAAAGUCGAGAUCUGCCGAGCGCAGCCGUCUGUACGGGGCCUCGCCGGACGCCCAAGAGCCUCCACAUCCCUGAACCUGACCCGCCACAGUCGCGGCCGCCCUCCGCCGCACGCUCCGAGGCCGCCUCGAUGUCGUCAGACUCCGAGACGGGCGUGGGGCCAUCGGUGUUUCUGCGCGGUGCAAAAGAAGCCUACGAGGGCGGCCAUUUCCAUGACCGGCUCACCGCUGACAUGCUCUAUCACGAACUGGCGAAGCUAGCGCUGCUGCGACGCUCCCGCGAGCGUAGGAUGGGGACAGACGACGUCGGCCGGUUCUCCGGCGAGCGAGCUCGAGUGGAACACCGCGGGAUGUGCAAGGGCGCGGGCGCGCGGGGACGGGACUCGGAGGUGCGGAGUAAGCGCCCGCAUACCUGGCACUCGGCCUCCCUGCGCUCCGAAGGCUCCAAUGCCCUCGGGGAUCAACUGGGGGACCUCGAAUUAGGUGGCUCGCCUCCCCGUGCUCAGACGGCCUCGACGCGCACGGAGAUCGCCAAGACGGUCGCGGUUCACGACGCGGUGUCGCCAGCCGACGCGAUCCUCGCCGCUCUAGAGGUCAGCUGUGAGUACGACACCGCAGAGGCCACCCGCAGUCGCAGCGACAGGCUGCAGAUGAGGAGUGCGCAGCGGGCUUCAACGUGA